GGCACUGAGCGGUUACAGCCGGAACUGAAUAUAGCCACUUUUGUCCCUCGCCGGACUGUUAACAACAGCGAACACUUGGCUCUCCAGUGAGGGAUUAAUAUCUUAGAUGCUUCAUGGCUAACGGCAACUUGCUUUUCUCAGAUGUGUCCGAUGAGAAGGAUCAUUAUGCUGUUCUGGGAGCUUGUCCUUCAGAUUCACUUCAGGAGCUCAGGCACAGAUAUAAGAAGCUGGCCUUGCAGUGCCACCCAGAUCGUCUUGGAGGUUCAGAAGCUAAGUCUGGUCUGAGGAUGUUUCUUGAAAUUGAUGCAGCCUGGAGAAUUCUGAGUGAUGACAGCACCAGGAGUCACUAUGACCAACGGAGAAGAGCUCAGGAACUGAAACAGGAUUGGCUGGUUGACUCUACAGUCUCGAUGGAUGACAUGACCUGGAACCAGGAGGAGGGUGUUUAUUCUUAUAGCUGCCGCUGUGGUGGACAGUUCAGCAUUACACAAGAGGAAAUAGAUGCAGAGAUGCUUCGGAGGCAAGGUGCUGCUAAAGAAGAGGACACAAUGGAGGGCCACCAUUGGGUUGUAUGCUGUGACACUUGCUCCCUCAGUGUGUAUAUGACAUUUCCAUCAAAUAGCACUCCAAUUUCCAAAUAUGUUAAUAAUUGAAGUGUGUUUACAUACGCUUAUCAAUUGUGUUUAUUCUGAUAUAAGGGCUGGUUUUACUACAUAUGUUUUCUCUACUUUAAAAACAAAUAUUUGUUUAAAAAGAAGUUUUUUUAUAAAAAUAAAGCAAGUUUGGAUUUUA